CAGAAAAAACCCAACAACAAAACAUAGAAUUUUCAGAAGUGAAUAUCUACAUUAAUUCAUUCUUUUCAUCAUCUUUUACCUCUCUCAAGUUCAAACCUUGAAACAUAAAACAUGACAGUGAGAUCACGUACGCUAGAAAUCACCGUUAUCUCCGGCGAAAACGUGCGCGUAAAGGAGGACGCAUACGUCGUCGUUCGGGCGGAGUCGUUGAACUGCUGCACCACCAGAACGGCCAAAGACGACGGCACCAACUUCCUCUCGUGGAACGAGAAGUUCCUGUUGGAAGUCCCGGUGCAUGCAAGAUCGAUCACAUUCGAGGUCCAAUGCAGCAAAUUCAAGGGUUUUCGCCCACUUGGGGUCGCCAGAAUCGCUGCCUCCGACUUCCUCGGCGGCGGCGCCGUCCCGGAAAAUCAGUUGCAACAGUUGAGUUACGGGUUGAGGGACUGGGAAGGGAAGAGAAACGGGGUCAUUCACUUCGCCGUCAGAGUGGCACCUCCGGCGCCACCGGUGGAGGAAUGUCUGAAGCCCGCCGUGGGACAGGCGGUGACCGGAAUGGGUUGCGGUGAUCGUGAUCGAAUCAAGGUCGGUGGCAAGAGCAAGGGAGUUGUCGUUGGUGUGCCACUUUGGUGGAACCACCCAAACGUUGUUUAGAAAUUAAUUUUCAUUUUUUUAUUUAUUAUAUAUUAUUGUUACUAUCAUUUGUAUAACGGUCAAAUAUCAUUUUCAAUUGUGAGAAAGAUUAUCAAUCUAGAUUUAUUUCUACAUAAGUUAUAUAAAUUUAAUUUUUUGAAA